CCCAAACACAAAAUUCUCUGGAAUUGUUUUCAGGGCCGUCUCAGUCUCAUAAAAGGGGAUCAGGCAGGAGGACUUUGGGAGAAACCUGAGAAGGGCCUGAUUUGCAGCAUCAUGACGGGCCUCUCCUUGGCCUCUGCUGUGCUCCUGGCCUCCCUCCUGAGUCUCCACCUUGGAACUGCCACACGUGGGAGUGACAUAUCCAAGACCUGCUGCUUCCAAUACAGCCACAAGCCCCUUCCCUGGACCUGGGUGCGAAGCUAUGAAUUCACCAGUAACAGCUGCUCCCAGUGGGCUGUGAUAUUCACUACCAAAAGAGGCAAGAAAGUCUGUACCCAUCCAAAGAAAAAAUGGGUGCAAAAAUACAUUUCUUUACUGAAAACUCCGAAACAAUUGUGACUCAGCUGAAUUUUCAUCCGAGGACGCCUGGACCCCGCUCUUGGCUCUGCAGCCCUCUGGGGAGCCUGCGGAAUCUUUUCUGAAGGCUACAUGGACCCGCUGGGGAGGAGAGGGUGUUUCCUCCCAGAGUUACUUUAAUAAAGGUUGUUCAUAGAGUUGACUUGUUCAU